GUUAUGCGCAUAGCAUGACGAAACUGAUACGAAAUGCACGUUCAGCAUGUCACAUAAUGUGCCGCAAGCAGCUUGCUACCGGAUAACAUUUCUAUGCACACUAGCAGACAUCUUGUUAGUCGAGCGAUCGAGUGGAUGCAGAGACAGCCGUCUGACUAGUCCUUCCUCCGUGCUGAGGUCUCCUACAGUUUCCAUCCGAUCCAGCCAAUUCAAGGUGGCCUCGAUUCGAGUGGGCAUCUGGCAGGCGACUUUCAACUUCAAAAGGAUAAUCCCACACUGGAACAGCUAGCCACACUCAAUCCUACAAAAGCUUACAGCUUCAAAUCUGCAGUAAAGAACCACCUGAAAUACUUUUUCUGCUCCAGGAUCCAGUCAUCAAAAGUUCAUAGGUCAUCAACUCUGAUGUAUGUAAUGCGGCUAGCCGUUUUGUCAGUUCAUAAAGAUCCAGAUCCAGAUCCUUGACUUUUUAGCUCGGGAUUACGCUAUAUCAAAAUGGAGUCACAAGAGGACAAAAAGCGAGCCAUCAAACGUGAAUGGAAGCGACUCUACGUCUUCUGUUUAAGCUUCUUUCUGUGUUUUGUAGCCUUCCGUGGGCUGCGAGAUAUACAAAGCACAUUGAAUUUAACGCAAAGUGUAGGCUUUGCGAGUCUGACGGUACUGUAUGCUAGCAGCUUGCUGGCAGGUCUGACGUUACCAGCCGUAGUGCGCUGCCAACUCGGCACUAAGUGGGGCCUAGUGUUAGGGAUCUCGCUCUUUGCUGUGUACACAGCCAGCAACUACUGGAGUAGUGCGUAUCUGCUACUCACUGUCGCCUUGUUUCCAGGCGUCGGUGCCGCCUUGAUCUGGGUGGCAAGAGGAACUUACAUCACCACCAUUGCCAUGGAGAUGGCACAUCUCAAGGGAAGGAAUUCUGCCGUGGAUAUCGGUCUAUUCAACGGAAUUUUUCACACGGUGUCUUACUUGGGUACGGUGUGUGGCAACUUGAUCUCCUCAUUGGUGUUUUAUGGCCAACCCGGGGACGAGGAUGAUGGUGAUGACAUCAGCAGUGUCAUCGGCCAAUGGAAUGCCAGCGCGCCAAACGCGGAGACUGCAGAUGUGUCCUUCUGCGGCAUGAGGGCAUGUGGAGGCGAUAUCGAGAGCAACCACAGCGUCCUCCGCCCCCCAGACCAGUCGACUCGCACCACGCUCAUUUCCAUCUACCUGGCUUGCGGCGUGCUGUCAGCGGCAGUUGCUGUGGUUUUCCUGGACAAAAUCGACGUGGUCGAGCCCGGGACCAGACUUAGUGGGAAAGAAGAAGAGGUGGCGGCCGACGGCGAACGCCCACGGUCUACUUGGCGGGAAAUCACGGCCAACAUUGCCGCCACCUUCCGCCUGAUGACUAACCCGCGCAUGGCAAUGCUCAUACCAACGCUGUUGUACUUGGGAGUGGAUGUGAUGUUUAUGGGCGGCCAUUUUACAAAGUUUUUCGUUGGUUGCACACGAGGGAUCGAGGUUGUCGGCUACGUCAUGAUGGGCAGUUCCGUCUCCAGCUGCAUCUCAUCCUUCCUGAUUGGUCAGCUGAUGAAGUGCGUCAGCAGGUUUGCACUCUUCAUCGUUGGGGGCGCUACUUACCUGCUGGUACUAGUUUUCAUGUUGGUCUGGGACCCUGACCAGGGCAGAUUGUGGCAUCUCGUUCUGAUGGCUGUGGCGGUUGGCUUUGCAAGAGCAAGCAUUGCUACGAUAAGCUCAACUCUUUUGGGAAUGCUGUUUGUAUGUCAACAAGAGGCAGCGUUCGGCAAUCUGUGCUUCUGGCAGUCCCUGGGCUCCGCUGCCAUAUUGGCCCUUGGUAUCCCACAAUCCAUGUGUGCCUACCACGUGAUCUCAAUCGUCAUGUGCAUCCUCGUGUUCGCCCUGGGAAUGUUCUGUUUGCUGGAGCUGCGAUUGAAGCGAGAGCAGACACCAGGCGAGAAGAAGCCUGAGAAGGAGGCUGAGGGGAAAGAAAUGACGACAGAAAUGUUGGCCAUUGCAGAGCCGACCAACAACGAAAUAUCAAUCGACUGAUGACAUGUAGAGAUCCCUAUCAUACCUAUGAACCUAUCCAGGGGCUGUCUAGUAUGCAGCUUUUACCAUGAGCCGAGGUUAGCACCAGUGACUCGCAUUGCGCGCGCAGAAUGCAUAUUUAUGAAUCAUGGCGGUAAAGGUACCCAUAAUGCUUCCCGUUUAUUUUUUUGGAAUGAAAUGAGUCGCCCCGAUCACCAUUCGAUAUUGCAGUUGGUACGAGCAGCAUAACAGCAUACACCGAAUAGCUCUUUGUGCAAGAAUUCGUUUCAGUUGAAAAUUGAAACAAAAAAGUUUUUAUAUUUAAAAACCAAACAUAAUUAUCAACAUUAACUGACUCCAAUUUACAAAUAGAGCCUUUGUCAAGCUGAUUAUAAAAUGCUGUAUUCGUUUUCAAAUUUGACAUUUUAAACUUUUUGAAAUUAUAGUUUAAUUUAUUUACUGCAACACAGUGAUUGUUAUAUUUUUAAAUUAUCAAAUGUUUACUACAACACAGUGACUGUUAAAGUUCAAGGGGCCUCGAAAGUGUUGCAAAAAGCGCCCUCUCUUGUUCAUGCACGGAGCCCAUAAAGCAUCAAAUCAUUAUAUCGUAGAGUUUUAGGUUAAUUACUGGUGGCGCUGUUUACAGUGGAGACAUGGGUCAGCGUGAGGUCAGCAUGCACGCACAAGCAGGCAUCGCUGUCACGCGCGUGCGCAGGCAGUUGCAAUGCCGUGCAGAUAUGGAGUGUAGUGGAUCGUUCACGGCCGGCCGGCUGGCUCCGUGAAACUCGAGGCUCCAGAUUCGAGUGUUGUUCAAGAUUACUGAGGUAAAUCUCAAAUUAUUACACUGACUAAUUGUUCUGAGGAAGUGAUUACAAGCCAUUUAGACAUUGGAAUGUUAUGUGAUUGCCUCCGAGUUAUUUUGUCUGUCCUUUUAUUAAAUAAAAUUGAACCCCGACAACAG